UUGAAAUCGGCCAAAGAGUGUGAAAAAACUGGCAAAGACAUCACGAAGCAUCUUCCCGGCAAUUCGAAGGGAGUCUCAACCAAUAAGGAAAAACAUCCUGAGACGUUUUUUACAAAGACUCAUUUAAACUGGAAAGCCCCCGCCAAGAAGAACUCAGCACACUCGAACUCCAAGAGGGGGGGGCGUCAACCAUCUCGGUACCAGCGACAACAGCCAUACCAUCGGAAACAUUAGAGGCGGAUUCAUCCUCUACAUCAAACGCUUUCCUUGACAGCCGCUCGAUUGUCCGGAGUGCUUUUCAAAUGAGAGGCGCUACUCAAGAGGCAACAGAGGUCAUGAUGAAAUCUAUUUCCGAGGGCACGUGGCGACAGUACGACAAACCUAUCAGGGAGUGGCGGGAGUACUGCCGUAAAGAAGGGAUUAGUUUUUGCGAAACUUCAACAGCACAUGUACUCAAAUUUUUUUCGGGAAUCCUAGAGAACGUUAAGUCAUUCAGCACGGCUAAUACAUACAGAGCAGUUCUGUCUCUCAUUUCUGGGAAUGAAUUGGGCUCUAAUACGACUGUGUCGAGAUUUUUUAAAGGUUUAGCGAAGCUGAAACCAAAGAAAUAUAAAUAUGACGUCACCUGGGACCCUAAAGAAGUUCUCGACGAAUUAGCUACAUGGUAUCCACAUGAAGGACUUUCUCUUGAAGCACUGACUAAAAAAUUAGUCACUCUACUAGCCCUGAUUACUGGACAACGUAUUCAAACACUAACGGCGAUUGAUAUACAGAAUAUCAACCUAGAAAAAGAACCGCUUCGCAUAAAAAUCACCGAACCGAUCAAAACGUCAGGACGAAGCGAAUUUCAACCAAUUUUAGAAAUUCCUUCAUUUUCAGAAAAACCGGAAUUAUGUGUGGCGUCAGUUCUACGCACUUAUAUUACAAAAACUAGAGCGCUGAGACCGGGCAAUCGAGACAAGGGUCAUUUAUUUAUUACAUAUAAAAAACCUCAUCACCAGGCUUCAUCGCAAACUAUAAGCCGAUGGAUUAGAGUUACGUUAGAAAAAAGCGGAAUAGAUACCACGAUUUUCUCGGCUCAAAGCACGCGUCAUGCGAGUACAUCAGCUGCAGCCCGGAAAGGUGUAAAUAUAGAGGUUAUUCGCCGAGCAGCAGGAUGGUCAUCUUCAUCGUCUGUUUUUGCCAGAUUUUAUAAUCGGCCUAUUGCAAAUACAACCACUUUUGCAUCGUCAAUUUUACAAUGAUUGAUAUCUAUCUUCCCAACACAAAUUUUUUUGUUUUGAAAAUGUUAGCAUUUU